AGAAAAAUAAUAGAUACGAUCGAAAAGAGGGGAAAGGAUGAAGCCGAUGUGUCACCUGAUUCAAACUCCCUGCGGCAAUAUCAGAAAAUUGAUGACUUACACUUACUUGCUAUUAUUAAUGCUUAUUUUAUUAUUUUGUUUAAUGCUGCAGCGGUCUUUUCACAGAUGUUUGCUGACUGUACUGCGCCGAUGAAUUUUCCCCUUCCCAGUCAUUCACCUUAUGUUAAUGAUGGCAAAAAAAAUACGAUGUCCCCCAGCUGUGCUGGAACAUCCGCUUUAGGCAUUAAAUUUAAAGAUGGUGUGAUUAUUGCUGCGGAUACCGUCGUUUCUUACGGCUCACUUGCUCGUUUCAUGGGGUUUGAUCGUGUAAUCAAAGUAAACGAUUCCACAGCGAUGGCAUUCUCGGGGGACAUUGCGGAUUUUCAGCUUGUUAAAAGAAGGAUUGAAGAGUAUACUCAUGAGGAGGCUCUCCUUGCUGAUGGGUUUACUUUAAGUCCGUCUGCUCUUCAUUCGUGGAUAACACGAGUAUUGUAUAAUCGAAGAAGCAGUCUUAAUCCCCUUUGGAAUUCAUAUGUUGUUGGUGGGAUCGAACCCACUGGCGUGCCUUUCCUGGGAUUUUGUAACAUGAUUGGCGUCGCCUUUCCUGAAGAUGUCGUUGCCACAGGAUUUGGAGCAUUUCUAGCUAUCCCGCCACUCCGUAGAGCAAUUGAAGAAAAAGCGAAUUCAGACUAUGCUAAGCUUGAAGAAUCUGAUGCUCUGGAAGCGAUCACUGACGGGAUGCGACUUCUUUUUUAUCGCGACACUAAGGCAUUCAACGAAUAUACUUUGGCGAUUGUUAGGUCAUCUGGAGUUGAGAUACGUGGGCCUCUAAAGCUUGUAACAGAUUGGGAUAUUGCCGAAUAUGUUGCCGGUUAUGAAUAG